AUGUCAAAUGACCCUUUGACAAUUUUAUCUUGGUGCCCACAGCUCAAUCUUAUAUUCAAAGUAAUGAACAAGACUUCCAUAUGGUGCUAUCGUAUAGACGGAGAGCGAAUUUUUUCAAUUAAUAACAGGUCAAUUAUAAACAAUGUUGCAUUUUCCAGUCAAGAAAUUUUCCUUUCUGGAAUAGACGGGAAAGUGAAGGUAUACGACGUCAAUAAUGGAAACUUUAUCGACCAAAUAUCUCAAACUUUUAAUAGUGUCCAGUAUAUGCAAUGGUGCGAUACACCAUACAGGCUCAGAAAUUCACCCUUGAGUGGUUUACCUGAAGUGGACAGUAAAAACGGCACGAUGAUUGACAAAAUGGAGUAUUUGGCCAUAGCUGAUGGAGAAUCUAUAACAAUUAAUUUUAACAAGCUUUUAAAUGUCAACAAGGCCAAUACAGGGUACCGCUUCACGCAAAGGAUUUCCAAUGAUAUGUUCAACCAAAUUUACUUGGAUGAUGCCAAUAAUUUACUCUCGGUAGAUAUUAACGUGUUGCUGAAACAGAAUUAUGUGGACCUGAUUAUACUCAUCUGCCAAGUGCAAAAGUACCUAGAUAUGCUCCAGGAUACUACAAAAACCAUUCAGAGUGCAAUUGAGCCGUUUGUGGUUUUAUUGGAUCGGUAUUUGCACAACUUUGCCGAUGAAGAUACAAACGGUAGACUGGCGUCGUCUACUUUUUCUGAUAUUUUAUUGACUCGUCUUGUACCAGAAUCUACAAAAGAUUUUUGGGUCAACCAGGUGGGUGAGCGUGGAAUUAAGCGACUAUCCAAACUGGCAACUUUUGCAUACAAGAAAAGUUCAGAGUUGAUUGGCGGGAAGUUGGUUAGCUUGAUGGAAAAGGUUAUUCUCCUACUUAGUAGACUACUAGGAAUUAGCAAAUGGGAAAACGUAUUGAAUAUCGAUCUUUCCCAUCUUGAACUGUUAUUAAAUUACUGCAAACUGCAGUUAAAAUUUUAUUAUCAAAUUACAUGGGAGAUAAAUGGUGAGAAAGAUGUUACUGCUGCAUUUAUUUCAUGGUGGAAGAUUAUUGUGGAUGCUCUUGAGGAAGAGGAAUGGAAAGAGAACUAUUCCACUUUGACAUUGUUGCAAUUCAUACAAGAUGGUAUGCUCAAUUUAAAAGUAUCAAAGUAUUUCAAGUUUAGUCUCCAAGAAAUCAAUCGAAGAGAAACAAAAGAAAGUGGACAAGAAAAAGGCACAGAAAGGGAGUUUUUAGCGAUGAGUCACGAGCAUAUCUUGCAACAGUUUGAGCAAAUCAAAAAGAGUGUAGAUCGACAUCAUGCCGAGAUAAUUUCGGUGCGAAAGAUUCAAAAGCUCGAAAUACCUAGCCAAAAAGGCUUACAGCUCUCUAGCUGGAAUAACAAAAUUGUCAUCUCGUACUUGACCGAAAUAGUGGAUUUGUCUACAAACAUGUUAACACUCUGCACACCAUCAUCGACUAUUUCCACAAUACCCAACAUCAUUGCAUAUGAACACAGAUUAUCCGAUUUGAUUGCAUUAACUGCAACGCAUAUAUUGAUCAUAAACUUGACGUCUUCCGUUUCUAUUCCACUACCAGCACUCGAUUUCAAACCUUGUUAUAUCCGAUUAAGUUCCUCCUACAUUUUGCUUACUGAUGCUGCUAAACUGCAGUAUGCCAUUCUCCAAAUUGAUUAA